AUGUCUACUCCUCAAGAGUCUCUCCUGUUCCGACACCGCCUUCUUUCUCCUACCGCUGGGGUGAAGGUAUCUCCACUAUGUCUGGGUGCCAUGACCUUUGGCAACAAGCAAUCCGAAAGAUAUGGGGAGAUCACCAAACAAGAAGCCACUGAAAUCCUGGACACAUUUUUCGAGCACGGCGGUAACUUCAUCGACACUGCCAAUGUGUACCAGAUGGGCCAAUCCGAAGAAUGGGUGGGCGAGUGGAUGAAAGCACGCGACAAUCGAGACGAGAUCAUCCUCGCGACCAAAUACACGGCACUGAACUACAAGAACGGCGCAGCAGACACACUGCACAUCAAGUCGAACUCGGGAGGCAAUAGCGUCAAAUCUAUGCGUGUCUCUCUAGAGGCAUCCCUCAAACGCUUACAAACCGACUACAUCGACCUGUUCUACGUGCACAUGUGGGACUUCACCACGACAAUCGCGGAGGUGAUGCACAACCUCAACGACCUGGCCGCUGCGGGCAAGAUCCUGUAUCUCGGCAUCUCGGACUGUCCGGCGUGGAUAGUCAGCCAAGCGAACCAGUACGCACGCGACCACGGCCUCCGGCAGUUUUCCGUCUAUCAGGGCAUGUGGAACGCCGCGUUGAGGGACUUCGAGCGCGAUAUCAUCCCCAUGUGUCGCGCGGAGGGCAUGGCGCUGGCGCCGUAUGGUGUCUUGGGUCAAGGCAGGUUUCAGACGAGGGAGGGCUUUGUCGAGAGGGAGAAACAUAACCCAGGCAGAAAAUUCAUUCCGACGUCAGAGCUGGACAAGAAAGUGUCGGCGGUGCUGGAGAGUGUGGCGGCUGCGAAAGGGGUGCUGUUGCUGGAUGUGGCGCUUGCGUAUGUGCGGUCCAAGGCGCCAUAUGUGUUUCCUAUUGUCGGUGGGAGGAAGGUGGAUCAUAUCAGGGGUAGUAUCAAGGCCUUGGAGGUGGCCUUGAGCGAGAAAGAGGUUGAGAAGAUCGACGCCGCUUAUCCGUUCGACCAUGGAUUUCCUCACACUUUCUUGAGUGGGACGCUGUUUGAUGGUUCGACUCCCAGGGCUCCUCGAGGCCCGGAAGAUGUCUUCAUGACGAAGACCAUGGGCACUUUUGACUGGGUCGAGCAAUCCAGACCGAUUGGGCUGGAGAGAAAGAGAACCUGA